UAUGGGAAUGACCAACCUGACAAUGUGUAGUUUCAGUUCUGCCAGUCUGGCAGGUUGGUUUUUUCCCCAAGAAUACUCUCACAUAUCGAAGGGGUCUUCCCUGCAACUGCUAGGAGAGUAUAAAGACUCAGAGUACUCAGUGCUUCAUCAGAUCAGCCUUUCUCAUCCCAUAGUUGCUAUCUGCUCUAUCAAGACCUCCUGAAGCCAUCAUGUUUGCAUCUCGCCUCUUCUGGACCGCAGCUGUGCUUGUGCUGAGCACCAUUGUGCUCACUGAAGGCCUACGCAUGACCAGCGGACCAAAGAAAUGUUGCUUUAACUUCGUGGGAAAGCAGCUACCUAGGGCACAAAUGGUCAGCUACAAAAUGACAAGCAAGCAGUGUUCCAACGCUGGGGUGAUAUUCAUAACCCGUCGCGGCGGACAGGUUUGCGCCAACCCGGCUAAUCCCUGGGUGCAAGAAUACAUCAAGUAUUUUGACAACAUGAACCUCAAGAAGCAGGUGCAGCAGUGAGCAUGUGGGCUGUCCAACCUUUCCACUAUACUGUCUGUUCAGCGUCUUGGGCUACUUGAGGCUACAACCAAAUCUAAAGGCACUCUAUGCUGCACAUGCUCAACAUGCUCAACACCCUGCAGCUGUGGCAACCAGGGCCACUCAAGGUGUAGUCUCUUCCUGGUCAUGCUAUUGUUCCAUAGACACUGUAAGAGAGUUGUUCCAUGGAAGACUCUUCCACUCUAUGAACAGCAUAUUAAAGCUAUGAGAUUUUUGAAUGUAAAACUAGGGGCUCUU